CUGAUUCCUCGAUGUUUCCAACACAAAAGUUCCAUCAGUUGUAUCCUCCCGAAUCGGGCGGGGCCUGAUGGAUCUCGAGAUAGGCGCCCGCGUGGCGUUCGGCGCCGGCAAGACUGGCGUCGUGCGCUUCGUCGGCGAGACGGACUUCGCCAGCGGUGAGUGGGUUGGCAUUGAGCUGGAGCGUCCCGAGGGCAAGAACAAUGGCGAGCUCAACGGCCGUGUCUACUUCACAUGCGCGCCCAACCAUGGACUUUUCGUCAAGAAGUCGAUGGUUCGGGCGGUCUUGUCGUCUGCGUCUUCUACUGCGAAGGUGCCAUUGAGUCGGCGUCUCUCAGGCGUGGGUAGCGGUCGCUCAUCAGGCAUCGGAACGUCGUCAUCAUCCGCAGCGCCGCUCAGUUCGGCGUCUAGCAGCUCAGCGAGUUCCAGACUCUCGGCGCCCAAAGCGCGGGCGUCGAUGAUCACACCGAGCAGCAGAUCUAGCAUUCCUACAGCCUCAGCACCCAGACCGAGGCUCUCGCUGGACAGACGGCCGUCUGUGGGCGGCGCUACAUCGGGUAGUUCGGACGACCAGUUGACAGAGGCUAGAUCGAGGAUCUCCAAGCUGGAGGAGGAACUGGAGCAGAAGAACCGACAUGUAGAGCAGCUUAGACAGAGUGUAGCUGUCAUGAAGGAGGCAGCGACUGCUAAUAGCGAGAAGAUCAAACUGCUGGAGCAACAGGGACAGGAGCAGGCCGAGAAGACUGAGGAGAUGGAGCAGGGGCAGGAGCAGGAGCAAGUAGAUGUUGCUGAAGACGAGAAGAUGGACGUGGAUGAGGAGCAGCCAGGCUUGUCCCCACAGGAAGAGCUGGCGCAGCAGAUUGAGAUCAUUAAAGAAGAAGCAGAGGAGCAUGUGCGCUCGGUACGAGCAGAGCUGGAAGACCACAUCACUGAGCUUCAAGGCGAACACGAGGAGCAGCUGGAUGAACUGCGGCUUGAGAACGCUACGCAGGCCUCGGAGAUUAAAGCUCUAGAGGCAGAAGUAGCACAGCAGAAGACGCGCAUUGCAGCGUUCACGGCUGCUGAGCAGAAGAAGGCGGAGGAAGUGGCGAUGGCUGUGGCCAAGUCGAGCUCUGGUGCUCGUAAAGUGGAGGCUUUGGAGAAACAGGUCGCUGAGCUCCAGGAUAUGAUCGAGAUGAUGACGUUAGAGAAGGAGACAGUUGAGAUGGACAAGGAGAUCGCGGAGGAGCAUGCAGAGGAACUUCAACAAGAAGUGGAGAAGCUUAAGGCUGCGAUGGCACUGUCAGCGACUACAGGGCCGGACUAUCCGGAAGGGUCUCCAAGUGGAGGAGACUUGGCAGAGGAGAACAACAAGCUCCGAGCUGCAGUGAAGAUGCUACAUGAACGUGCGUCGGAGGAGAAGGCUGAAUUGAGCAAGAAGUUGCGUCAGGCGCAACGUGAGAACGCUGAACUUGUGUCGUUGAGGGAAGAGGUGGAAGAACUGACGACGAAGAAGAACAAGCUGGAAAUCGAAGCUGAGGAGCUCAAGGAGAUGCUGGAUGUUGCAAACGCGUACGAGUCGAUGGUGGAAGAUCUUACAGAGAAGAAUCUGAAUCUAGGCGAGAAACUGGCAGAGCUGGAGACUACUGUACAGUCUCUCGAGUCGUUGCGUGAAGUGGACCAGGAGAUGGAACAUCAACAUACUGAGUAUGAAGCGGAGCUACGUGAUGAAAUCGACUCGCAACGUGCAACGCUACAGGAAUUGAAGCAGGCGGCGUUGGAGCAGAAGACCGUUCUCGAAGACAAGGAGCGCACGAUCGCCCGCUUCCGAGAUCUGGCACACAGUCACCGUGAAGAGAUUGCCCAAUUGAAGGCGAAACUUCGUGCUGAGAGUGGGGCGGUGGAAUCCCUGAAAGACACGGCACAUCUGGCUCUGAACCAAACGAUGGGGCUGCGUGCGUUGGUCGCUGCUGCACGCGAACACGAGACUGAGGCUGCUAGACAGAGGAUUAUUUCAGAGCAGGCAAGACUGGAAAACUCUUUCCUGCGCGCUGUGGUACCCAACUCGAUCUUCUCCGAGACGGAUCAGAAGGUUCUUCGCGUCCGAUUGACUCUGGGACGCAUUGCCGGCAAGUCGGAUAUUUUAGUGCAGCACUUAAAGAAGGACCUGGAUACUGUCGCUCAGCAGCCGAUUGCCAGUGGACAGACAGAAGACGAGAAGGACGAAGGUGUAUCGAUUCAAGCAGUGAGUGUGGAGCAAUUAGUCCUGGGCAACAAGUUAGCGGCUGUCUCAUGUCAAACCAAGGAGGAUCUCUUCAUGUUAGAGUGCUACUUGACUACGGAGGACGAGUUUACGCAGGGCUGCUCAGCACUCGACACUUCUCAGACAUCAGCACUGGAGAGUGUAUUGGACUCAGCGCUCUCGGCUUUCUCGGAGGGGGCUCUGCUCAAUGGUCCACGUGGUGGAGACAUUGCGUCGUUGUAUGACCGUCUGGUGCAGACAUCGGAAGAAUGGCACGCUAGUCGAAUCGCUCAAGUAUCUUCGGGUUCAAAUGCUGAAGGCUUCGGUGCUCGGUGCGCUGUGGUCAAGCUGCGCACGAGAAAAAAUGUAGCCAAGUUGGCGUUCUCCAUUUCGUCGAUAGUGACGUUCCUACGGACUACGAAGAGUUUUCUUGCAAGCUCCGAAAUGCCUGAUGACGAUCAGACUACUGCUUUGCGCUCAGAGCUGAUCCCUGUGCUGGAUAAGUGUCUGGGAGAGCUGCUCUCCGUGUUGAAUGUGGCUCAGUUGUUUUACCGUCGAGCUGAGAUCGAUCUGGCUGCUUCAGACGACGAUCUUGACGGUCUAGUGGCUGCCGGUGGUGAAGUGGUUGCUUCAAUCCAGAGUUAUGCAGCAGAGGCGCAGUCUCUGUCAACUGCGUUGCAGUCUCAUCUCGCUCAUGAUGGUCUUAUGGAGCACUCCAGACCGACCGAAGAGCUGGUGCGGUUCACGCAGCAGGCCGUGUACGACCACGCUGUGGCAUUCAAGGAGAAGGUCGCGUUGCUGUACAAAUUGGUGUGUCGUGGAGCCUUCACCGACGCUGUGGCGCCUCGUACGCGCAGUGAGAACCCUGACGGAGCCAGUGGUCGUCCACAGUGGCGUAUUCGAGCGCAGACUAUCCAUCAAGAACUGGUGGAUGCGUCGACGUUGCGUAGUAAUUUAGCGGAGAUGACGGAGCUGUGCAACGCGCUGCAUCAACGUAUCCGCGAGUUUGAACGCGCCGACAGUCAACACCGUGUCGUUGCUCAGAAAUUGGAAAGCCAAGUGCUGCAGUUGACGGAGAGUGUAGCUGCGAUGACAAGUGAGAAGACGCAAUUGGAGGCGCAGCUUGCCAAGGAGCGAGAACAAUUCGACGUGGCGCUGGACGAGUCCAACAAGGAGAAGACGUUGCUUAACUCGCUGAACCGGGAUCUACGUAAGCAGCUGAAGCGUACGAGUGACGCUGGUAGCAGUGUCAAGGGUGGGAAUACCGGUACCGGUGCAAAGGGGUCGGCUAUGAGUGCAGCAGACGCCGACGCAUUCCGUCGCGCCUUCCACCAACUUCACACGGAGCUGCAUACAGUGCGCUCUACACUGGCAAAGGAGCGGUUGGAGAAGCUUCUUGGAUCGAAUGCUAUUUUAAACACUCGCAAUUCGGCACCAAAGCCUUCGGAUCGGUUGGCGAAUUCAUUGAAGGAGGUAGCCACGUUCUCGCGACAGGUGAAGGCUCAAUUGUCGAUGCCUCGGUUGGUGGAUCUGAAGCAAGCUGCUUCUUCGACCGGGUCGUCUGCACACGCUCAACUCGUGGCCGAGAAGCUGCAGCAGUCGCGUGUUCAGAGAGACCUGAAUACUCUUCGUGAACGCGUUGGAGCUGCUAUGCAGGAGGACGGUUGGGGUCAAGACGUCACGAACGCCAUCACUCGCGGUGAGAGCGUGUUCGGCUGGCAACCACCGGAGAUGGAGCGACCUCCUGUACUUCUAGGACGAGUGAAGCUCGGGACCAGUUCCUCGACCUCUUCGCAGUCCGUGCAGCUCGUGUUGAACAGAACCGAGGUGAAGCAUCUAUCCCAAGCUUUGGUGUGCUAAGUCUCCACAAGGAAACGAUAGGAAGCCAGAAGCGAGCCACAUGCGUAGAUGAGUUGAAUAUGAAGACACUUGAUCAGAAGUU